CCUUUCAGGGCGCAGUCAGCGAACACGGGCUCGCGUAUAGAUACCAAUCGUAGAGAGGAUCCAGCGAGUCCGCAAUGAGAUCAUGAGCUGAUAUACUGAAUUAUCGUCAUCAUUUUCGUAGGACUUUAUAUUUUUCGCUCGAAUAUAAGUAUAAUGCAUCAUCGUAAUAAUAAACAAUAUUUCCAUUCCUCUUCCUCCAGUCCUAUUGAUAUCAGUUCAAAGUUGUCAAGCAAGACUGAAAAUAUUACUUCACUUAUACCAACCAACCAUUCUACUUUAGCGAUCAUUUCUAUACUAUUCCUCCAUAAUGUAUAAACAAACCAUCUUGACCUCGGUCCUCUCUCUUCUCUCUCCCGCUCUAGCUCUCCCCCUUGAGCCCCGAGAUACUCCCGAAUUCACAAUCACUAGUCUUGGCGCUACCUUUCCGUAUCCCGGAGUCUACGGAGUCGACUCCGUUAAUUCAUUCGUCAAUGUCGCCGUAACUUACCCGGACGCCUCAUCAACUAGCGACGCCACCCUCAACACCACCUGUAGAGUUGAUUGGCCGGCCGGCACCAACCCGGGCCCAACGGAGUGGACUGCGUGCGCCAAUCCGGCGUUGCAAUUCCGUCUGCCAGCCGACGGGUGGACCGCCACCACAAACUUCCGCGUCGAGUUAUUUGAGGAGCUCGCUUCUAACGGCGCCGGUCUGUAUGCCACACACAUCCUCACGUCCAACCCCGGGAACUCAAGCGACCCGAAUGCAUACAUGUUCUGUCUCCAGAUGGGCAAAUUCAACCCCUUAACUUGCACCCUAACUGGUCCGUGGGGCCAGUCGCCGAGGACUGUGGUCAUGUCUACCACUAACGAGAACGGAAGGCCGAAUUAGAGCAUUAGACAUAGAGCUUACUCUUAGACAGUCGGGAUACGGCUAGAAAAGGAUAGACUGGGGCUUCUUUUUAAAACGG